ACAGAUUUGGCAUUUUUUUUCCCUGCUCAUAAUGAGAAUAGUCCUCUUCCAAUCAGCCAAAAUGAACCUCAUGGACAUCACCAAGAUUUUCUCCCUCCUGCAGCCCGAUAAGGAGGAGGAGGACACCAACACGGGGGAGAAGCAGGCUCUCAAUCAAGCAGUGUAUGACAACGACUCUCACACCUUGGACCAGCUUUUGCGCCAGGAGCGUUACAAACGUUUUAUUAACAGCAGGAGUGGCUGGGGCGUUCCUGGAACACCUCUGCGCCUGGCCGCUUCUUAUGGCCACUUGAGCUGCUUGCGGGUCCUCCUGGCACAUGGUGCUGAUGUGGACAGUUUGGACGUCAAGGCACAGACCCCACUUUUCACUGCUGUCAGUCAUGGCCAUCUGGACUGUGUGCGGGUGCUUUUGGAAGCUGGGGCCUGUCCUGGUGGAAGCAUCUACAACAAUUGUUCUCCUGUGCUCACUGCCGCCCGUGACGGUGCUGUUGCUAUCCUGCAGGAGCUCCUAGGUCAUGGUGCUGAGGUAAACGUCAAGGCUAAACUACCAGUCUGGGCAUCAAACAUUGCUUCGUGUUCCGGCCCCCUCUAUUUGGCCGCAGUCUAUGGACACCUUGACUGUUUCCGCCUGCUUUUGCUCUAUGGGGCAGACCCUGACUACAACUGCACUGAUCGGGGUCUAUUGGCGCGUGUUCCACGGCCCCGCAGUCUCCUUGAAAUCUGUCUCCACCAUAACUGUGAGCCAGAGUACAUCCAGCUGUUAAUUGAUUUUGGUGCUAACAUCUACCUUCCAUCUCUACCCCUGGAUACAGCCUCACAAAAUGAUAAAGGUGUUGCAUUGCUGCUACAGGCUCGAGCCAGUCCACAGUCGCUGCUAUCCCAGGCGCGUUUAGUUAUCCGCAGAGCCCUGCGCCAGGCUGGCCAGCCACAAGCCAUCGACCAGCUGGAUAUUCCCCCCACGUUGAUUAGCUACCUCAAACAUCAACUGUAAUCUUGCAUUAUGCCCCGAAAUCGAAGACGACUCCAAAAACCACCUGGGGGCCCAGGUAGCUGGAGAGCACCACGACUCCUCCUACUCACCUUGUCAUGCCCUCCUGAAUUAUCCUCCACAAUAAAGUCCU